CAAACAAUAUUUAAGAUGCUGACUUGUAGAGCAUUCACGCUUGGGAAGGAAAGCUAUAGGAUAUCCAUUAAGCUCUACUUUCAGAAACUAGAGCCUUGAGAAGGGCUAAAAACGAGCACAGAAAGAAAGAAAACCAAGUGGUGAAAGGAUAAGGUUAUUGUUUGCUGCAGCUUUGCAGACCUCAGCUGGGCAUAUCCAGAUUCCCCCAAGGAAGAUCCCUCUUCAUCCAAGCCUACAAAAGAUGCUGAAAAAGACUCUCUCGGCUGUGACCUGGCUCUGCAUUUUCAUCACGGUGUUUGUCUGCCACCCAGUGUGGCUACAGAAGCCCCCUAAGCGCAAGACACCUGCACAGCUCAAAGUGGCCGCCUGCUGUGAGGAGGUGAAGGAGCUCAAGGCCCAAGUCGCCAACCUGAGCAGUCUGCUGAAUGAGCUGAGCAAAAAGCAGGAGAGGGACUGGGUCAGCGUGGUCAUGCAGGUGAUGGAGCUGGAGAGCAAUGCCAAGCGCAUGGAGUCACGGCUCACAGACGCGGAGAGCAAGUACUCCGAGAUGAACAACCAGAUUGACAUCAUGCAGCUGCAGGCAGCACAGACUGUCACUCAGACCUCAGCAGAUGCCAUCUAUGACUGCUCUUCCCUCUACCAGAAGAACUACCGUAUCUCUGGAGUAUAUAAGCUUCCUCCUGAUGACUUCUUGGGGAGUCCUGAGCUGGAGGUGUUUUGUGACAUGGAGACUUCAGGUGGAGGCUGGACCACCAUUCAGAGACGAAAGAGUGGCCUUGUCUCCUUCUACCGGGACUGGAAGCAGUAUAAGCAAGGCUUUGGCAGCAUCCGUGGGGACUUCUGGCUGGGGAAUGAACACAUCCACCGGCUCUCCAGACAGCCAACCCGGCUACGUGUGGAGAUGGAGGACUGGGAGGGCAACCUGCGCUAUGCUGAGUACAGCCACUUUGUUCUGGGGAACGAACUGAACAGCUAUCGCCUCUUCCUGGGGAAUUACAGUGGCAACGUGGGGAACGAUGCCCUCUUCUACCAUAACAACACGGCCUUCAGCACCAAGGACAAGGACAAUGACAACUGCUUGGACAAGUGUGCCCAGUUGCGCAAAGGUGGAUACUGGUACAACUGCUGCACGGACUCCAACCUUAAUGGAGUGUACUACCGUCUGGGCGAGCACAACAAACACCUGGAUGGCAUCACCUGGUAUGGCUGGCACGGAUCCACCUACUCCCUCAAACGGGUGGAAAUGAAAAUUCGCCCAGAAGACUUUAAGCCCUAAAAGGUGGCUGCUGUGGAGCAGGGCUGCGGAAACAGAAACACACGGAGAUUGGACAAAGGCAAAGGACAGGAAGAGUGUCAGGAAGGGCAGAUUGGGAAAUGGCUCAUAAUCUCCAACAAAAGAGUAAGUCUCCAAGGAGCACAGUAAAAUUCUAUGUACCAAAGGUGUUAUGGUACAUGAGAUGAACUAUUGAAAGCCAAUGGGUCCUGCCACAUCCUUCUCAUGGGGCUGGACUGAGUGGGUUCUCUCUGCCCAUGUCCCUGACACAGCAGUAGCUUGUGUUUUCCGUAUGAUUUGUCUUAUGAAAAAAACAAUUGUGAGAUUAAUCUCUUAAGGCUUAGGUUGCAUGAGGGCAAAAAUCAAAUCCUUUGCUAAAAAGAACUAUACUUUAAUUCUAAAGGAAAGGUCUUGAGUAGAGAAAGGAGUGAAAAGGGGGUGGAGGAGAGGUAUUUCACUUUUAAGUUCAGUGAAAUUACCUUCAGUCUACAUAUUUUUUAAAAAACACGAAAGCUGUUGGGCUGGAGAUGAGCUGACCAGGCUGGACUUGCUUAGAGGAAGCUCUGGGGCCCUGGGCCUUGCGACUGACUCUGUGCACUUUCCUGCUUGCCUUGCUCAGGUAUAGCACAGAAAGGCGUGAAGCACCAGUAGGUGGGGAGAGUCCCUCGUGGCUGCCUGCAUAACACUGCCUUAAAAUAUUCACUUAAUACAGAUACAUCUAUUUUUAUUUACUUUGUAAGAAACGAGUUCAAGGAGCUUCCUUUUUUAUCUUGUCUAUAAAAAAACGAAGAGAGAUGGCGCUAUGGUUUUAAUAAUGAAUGCUGUAUAUAAGCAUCUUGCUUUGUGAAAAUAAAGUAUUAUAGUUUUGUUUUAAA